UGGGAUUACACUGCUUUUGAAACAUUUUGGAAACGACGCAUCUCUCCUCCGCGGAACUUCCAGAGAUUUUCUUUGAGAACUUUUGAAUUAUUUACUGAGUUUUUCGUUUGCGUUUGAUUCCCGGACUAGAAGCUGCUUAUUUGACAGUGCGAAGCUGCAAAGUCUGCAGAGGAACUUCUGUUUUUUUUUCUUGUAUUCGCGGAUUUUUACGGGAUCACCAUGCCUGUGUCAUUUAUGGUAAGGAGCAAAAGAUACAAUUCCUACAGGCCUAAAAGACUUGAUGAAGAAGAGUCGGAGGCCGCCGCUGUAUCUGAAAUCCUGCCAGAGGCUCAGACUACAGACAGUUCAGACAGACCUCAGCCAGAGCGGCAGUCUUCCCCUGAAGACACCUGCUUACCUGAAAAGGAGGAACCAGAGCUCGAACGUCCCUUACCGCUUCACCCAGAGCCAAGCAGACAUCCAGCACCGCCGUUUUACCUGUCUGAUUCUCACUUGGGUGAAUUCCAACCUUAUGGCACUCAGUCGCCUUAUGCCUGGGAGACAUUGUCUCCCUCCUACAAGCUCCGUCAGAUUAGUUUCAGCCCCACAGUGUUGCAGCAUGCCAAUAACCUUUACAGCACCAACAUCAGCCACAGUCCGCAGCCUCAGCAGCCUCUGGACUGCAGCACACACUACUCCCCUUCUUCAAACACCUAUCACUGCAUCACCUGUGACAAGGUAUUUUCAACUUCCCACGGGCUGGAGGUUCAUGUCAGAAGGUCUCACAGUGGAAUGAGACCGUUCGGCUGCAGCAUCUGCAGAAAAACCUUUGGCCAUGCUGUCAGCCUGGAGCAGCAUAUGAACGUCCACUCUCAGGAAAAAAGUUUUGAGUGCAAGAUGUGCGGUAAAUCUUUCAAGCGUUCAUCCACGCUCUCAACACACCUGCUCAUCCACUCAGACACCCGGCCUUACCCCUGCCAAUACUGUGGCAAGAGAUUUCAUCAGAAAUCUGAUAUGAAGAAGCACACGUACAUUCACACCGGUGAAAAGCCUCACAAAUGCCAAGUUUGCGGCAAAGCUUUUAGCCAAAGCUCCAACCUGAUCACACACAGCCGGAAGCACACGGGCUUUAAGCCCUUCGGGUGUGACAUUUGCUCAAAGGGCUUCCAGCGCAAGGUGGAUCUGCGAAGGCACCACGAGAGCCAGCAUGGCAUAAACUGAAGAGGAAGUUUGUUUGUUUUUAACCUGUAUCAUAAAUGAGAUAUUUAACAGUAAGCUGACACUGGAGGAAGCUGUGGCUCAAGUGGUAGAGCAUUCUGUUAGCAAAUCCCAAGUCUGAGGGUUCAGUCCCCGACUCCCCCAAAUGCUGAGGUGUCCCGAUAGAGUUCCCUGAUGGCAGAAAACCACCGUAUGUGGCAGCUCUGUGUGACCGUGGACGGGUGAAUGAGAAACAUGUUAUGAAGUGUGUAAUAGAACCCAGUAAAGGUACUAUAAAUCUUUCAAAAGCAAGGUGAAGUUGCACUUUUAGUUUUGUAUAAUAGUCUUUUACAUUGCUGAGAGUCCAAUAAACAUUGAA